UUCGGUGGAUUUCAGACAUUUGCCACACGUGUUCUCAAGUCCCCGUCUGUCCACAGUCCACUCCUCCUUGGUGAACACAAGCACUGAAUUACCAAAACCACCCUCACAACUCCAGAACCCAAAACGCCUAAACUCCAUGGGUAUUCCAGUCAUUUCGUAUCUCCACCAACCCAAUCUUCUUCAUCAUUUCGCAACUCAAAAAAUCCCCUCCACUUUUCUCCCUCUGCAGGACUGCAACUCAAGUACUCAACCACUGAAGAAGGCAAAGUAAAUCCCGUCAAACCCGAUGGGCAAAAAGGUAAAAUGGAGCUGGAGCUCGGCUCUUAUCGGCGCAGCUUCGGCGGUGGCGGCGACGGCUCUGAUCGGGGCCAAGCCAAAGGACCCCACUUUCCACCUCAUUUCCAUCAACCUCACCUCCUUCAAGCUCAACCUCCCAGUCCUCGACGCCGAGCUCAUCCUGACCGUCCACGUCACCAACCCAAACAUCUCGCCCAUCCAUUACUCCUCCACCACGAUGUCGAUCUUCUACCAGGGCGAGCUCCUCGGCUCGGCCGACGUCCAAGCCGGCUCCCAGCCGCCGAGGUCGUGCCAGCUUUUGCGGCUUCCGGCUCGGCUUGACGGCCUCCGGCUGGCUCACCACGCGGCUCGGUUCUUCUCCGAUGUGGCCAAGAGAGAGAUGUUGCUCGACGCCGCCGUGGAUAUUGGCGGCACGGCGAGGGUCCUGUGGUGGGACCACAAGUUUAAGGUCCACGUGGACAGCCAUGUGACCGUUGAUCCGCUGUUUCUGGAUGUGAUUGGUCAAGAAAAUAAGUCCGAGCUCACGCUUAACCUUGCGUAGGAUAAUAUAAUAGCGUGGUGAUUUAUUAUGUCAAGACUAUACUUUAGAGCUUUUCGAAUUGUUUCGUGUAAGGCAUGAUUUUUUUCUUUUUUUUUUUUUGUUGUCAUUUGUUAUUUGUGAAAAACAUGA